AUGAGAUUAAAAGAUAUCAAUAAGAGCGCAACAUUAGCGUGGUCCCCACAGGGAGUAAAUAAUAAUCAGCCUUUACUUGCCGUAGGUGGUUAUAUAGGCACUGAAAGUACCAGAGAAAGUGACAAUCUUUUGGAGAUUUGGGAUACUUCAGCUGAAUCCAACCAACCAAUUGGCUCUACGAACACUAAUACCAAAUUUUAUGAUCUUGACUGGGAAAGAUCUUUAGAUAAACAACACGGUGUCAUUGCUGGUACUAUAGAGGAAGGUGGUGUUGGAUUUUACGACGCCUCGGCCAUUUUGAGUUCUGAUGAAAGCAGCGCUUCCAUAGCAACCUAUAAAACUGAAAACCAUUCCAUUCUAGGACCUUUAGAUUUCAAUCCAGUACAAACCAAUCUUUUAGCAUCUGGUGAUAACAAUGGUGAUGUUUGGGUUUGGGACUUAAAAAACCCUUUGAAGCCCUUUUCCUUACCUAAGCAGAACCGUUCUUCUGAAGUCCAUGUAGUUGCCUGGAAUAGCAAGGUGUCCCAUAUUCUUGCUUCGGGUAAUUCGUCAGAAUAUACCACCGUAUGGGAUCUUAAAGCAAAACGACAAAUUUUGAAUCUCUCAUAUAUGGGUGCUACUGGUACGAAUGCUACUGGCGGAGUUAAUAGCAUUGCCUGGCAUCCUGAAAAUGCUACUCGUCUUGUCACUGCUAUUGAUGAUAACCGAAAUCCUAUCAUAUUGACUUGGGAUUUACGUUAUCCUACAGCACCUCAGAACGUUCUUACGGGCCAUCAAAAAGCUGCCCUUUCAUUAUCUUGGUGCCCUCAUGAUCCAAGAUUUUUACUCAGUAGUGGUAAAGAUGGUCGUGCUAUCGUUUGGGAUGUUGAUACCGGUGAAUCUUUAGGAAACUUCCCUCGUUCCGGAAACUGGUAUACUAAAGGCACUUGGUGUCCUUCUAAUUCUAACCGGGUAGCAACUUCCUCCUUAGAUGGGAAGGUCUCUAUUUUCUCUAUUCAAAGCACAAAUACUGACAAAACUCAUGAGGCUUCUUUGCAAGGUGUUACUUCUAUCGAUGACAACGAGUUUUUCAAUAAUCUUCCUUCAAUCGCUGGCUCUCAGGAACCUGCCUUUACUUUGCCUAUCGCUCCCAAGUGGUAUAAAGUUCCCUGUGGCGUUCGCUUUGGAUUUCCCAAUAAAGUCAUUCGUUUUAGUCCUGAUUCAAAAAACGUUACCAUAGAGCCUCUUGAAGUUGAAGAAAAUGAAGAGUCUAUAGAUAAAUUUUCUUCCACAGCUAAGUUUCAAACGGAGGAUGACAUAGUCUCUUUUUGUGAAUCUGGUGCAAAAUCUGCAAAAACAGACGAAGAAGCCAAUAAUUGGAAGCUUCUUAAAGCUGUUAGUCAGCGUGUAUCUAGAAGUGAAUUUGUUAAGCUUUUAGGUCGUGAGAAUAUUAAGGAAAUGCAUAAAGAAGACAGCACCACCGAAUUAGACAAGAAUACGAAAGCUUCUAUCAAUCUUAAUGACACAUCUAAGAACCAAAAUAAUGAGAUUUAUGAUGAUGAUACCUCGUUUUAUGGUAAAUUAUCAGACAAUUUACAGAAUACUACAAUCUCUGAUAAGGAGGUUGAAUUUUCGAAUGACCCCUUCAAAAUAUUCAACUCGGAGGACUCUGAGCUUGAAACAAAUAUCACAAAAAUGCUGCUUACAGGUGAUAUAUUAUCUGCUAUUAAGACCUGUAUUGAUGACAAGAAAAUAUCUGAAGCUCUCUUCCUAGCUACUUUUGGCGAUGAAGAAUGCCGCAAGUGUGUUAGAGCAGCAUUUUACGAGAUGCAGGAACAUAAACCAUCAUAUAUGCGUCUUUCAGCUUGUAUUGCUGGUAAUGAUUUAGAAAAUGCUGUGCAAAAUGCAGAUCUUAGUCAGUGGAAGGAUAUUUUUGUUUUCAUCUGCACAUAUGCCACUAAUGAAGCAUUUUCUCCUUUAUGUGGUAUACUUGGCAAACGUUUGGAAGACCUUGAUGACUUCAGCUCUAACCGUGCUGCAGAAUUUUGCUAUAUUGCUAGUAAAUCAUUACAAAGUUAUGCAAAUCUAUGGCUUAAGGAACUUGCCAAUGGUGGCGUUAGUGAGGAUUCUAAGUCUUCUUAUGUUGGAUAUGUUGAUCAACUCACCAAACUUAUGGAUAAAGUUAACGCAUUUCGCUCAAUCGUUGCAUAUGAAGACGAUGAAUUGUCUGCGACUGGAGACUGGAAGUUAAGUGGUCUUUACGAAGUUUACCUUGAAUAUUCUAGGAUUUUGCUUUCGGCUAAUCAUUAUGAACAAGCUAGAAGUUAUUUGAAUCUCGUUCCUGCUUCAUUUCCUGGCGCAAAACAAGAAGUUGAAAGGUUAUCAAUUCUUCUUACACCUGCCCCAAUUCCUGAAAUUAAUAGGUCUACUUAUGGUCCUUCUCGAAGUGUGCCGCAUCCUGCUUCUUCAAUUAUUCCUCAGCCAAUUCAAUUGGCAACUAAUUCCAGUAACCCUUACGCUUCUGCAUACUCGAGCAACAUUUCACAGGCUGCUGCUGGGCCUCCCAUGACCUCUACUAUUCCGCCACCUGCGGUAUCGAACAAUGUUGCAGCGGGCUGGAAUGAUGCUCCAAUUGUUAAUCAGCCACCAUUGAGACGUGCAGCUCCCUCAUUGCCUGCCGUAAGAUCGCCGUUCCCUAACGCUGGAGCACCUUUGCCUCCUAAUAUGUCACGCACUAGUAGUACUAGUACGCUACCACCACCACCUUCUGUAGGCGCGGCCGCAGCCGCUCCCCCUCCACCAAAGAUUGGUGAAACGUACCAACCGCCAGCACAAACCGUAAGCCAGCCUCCGGUGAAUCAAAGCCAAAAACCGGCUAAUCCUUACACACCAAUAGGGGUUCAGUCUCCCACAAGGACCUUAUCAGGUCUUUCUUCUCCCGCAGAGACAAAAGGUACCAGUCCUUAUGUGCCUUUGGGUGGUACUGCUCGACCUCCUUUAAUUUCUCCUCCCGUCCCACAAACGGCUCCGUUUAGUACCGCUGUACCUCCUCCGAAAGCUUCGGCAAAUCGAGUUGUCCCUGUUCCCCCUACACCUAGCCAGCGUAUCUCCUCGUAUGAACCGGUAAAUACCGGUUUCACCCAGUCACCACCUACGGCGAUGCCUCCAGUAAGUGCCCAGGUACCUCCUCCAGUGUCUGGUUCCGCGGGUGGUACUGUACCUCCACCUCCCAUCUCCUCGAGAUCGAUUAUCUCUCCUCCGCCGCAAAAUCUUUCUUCAAAGAGACAAUCGAUCUCUGGGCCUUCAGUUGCUACUGCUGGAAUGACUACAUACCCUCAGGGAGAUCGCUCUCAUAUUCCACCUAAUUUAAAACCAAUUUAUGAGAUGCUUAAUGCCGAAUUCUUGCGUGUUUCCCAGAGUGUUCCUCCACAAAUGUCGCGUGUGUUACACGAUAUGGAGAAGCGACUCAACAUGUUGUAUGACCGACUUAACGCAAAUGCUCUUUCUAAAUCAUUGACUGAUGAACUCUACGCGCUUGCUGUCGCAUUGACGAACCGUGAUUAUCAAACUGCAUCUAAUAUUCAAGUCACUCUGGUCACCACCCUUCAAGACCAAUGUGAACACUGGAUUGUCGGAAUUACCAGACUUAUUACGAUAAGUAAGUCUACAGCCUAA